AAGUUAAGUUAUAGAACAUUCGACAUACACAAAACAGGGAAGAAAGAAGAAAGAACGAUCACAGAAUUAAGAAUGACUAUUAUUAUGUGCUGGAUUGAAUUCACAUAAAUGGAAUAUGAAGGGAAAUUGGCAAGGGUGGUAGGAUUGGGAAAAGACCGUUACGUUUUGAAAUCGAAAAUCGGAGAAGGUUCAUUCUCCGUAGUGUGGAGCGCAGAGCAUAGACCAAGUGGUGAAGAGGUUGCAGUGAAGCAAGUUUUCCUCUCUCAACUCAACUCUCACCUCAAAUCUUGCUUGGACUGUGAGAUCAAUUUCUUGUCCUCUGUUAACCAUCCCAAUAUUAUUCACCUUCUUCACUUUUUCCAGGAUGAUGGGUGUGUCUACCUGGUCUUGGAGUUUUGUGCUGGAGGCAAUUUGGCUUCUUACAUUCGGAGCCAUGGGAGAGUUCAGCAACAAACGGCCAGAAAAUUCAUGCAGCAGCUUGGUAAGUGUUCUGGUCUAGAAGUGUUACACUCUCAGGGCAUCAUUCACAGAGACUUGAAACCAGAGAACAUUUUGCUAUCGAGCCAUGGGUAUGAUGCGGUGCUAAAGAUAGCUGAUUUUGGUCUCUCAAGAAUUGUACGCCCUGGCGAAUAUGCUGAGACAGUUUGUGGUUCUCCAUUAUACAUGGCUCCAGAAGUUCUUCAGUUCCAGAGAUAUGAUGACAAGGCAGACAUGUGGAGUGUUGGGGCCAUUCUUUUUGAACUUCUAAAUGGCUACCCACCUUUUAAUGGCAGAAAUAAUGUUCAGCUGUUGAAAAACAUAAGAUCUUGCACCUGUCUUCCGUUUUCUCAAUGGAUUCUUUCAGGAUUGGAUCCUGACUGUCUUGAUAUUUGUUCAAGGCUACUAUGCUUAAAUCCAGUGGAGCGCCUAUCUUUUGAUGAAUUUUAUUGGCAUAGCUUUCUACGAAGAAAAUUGAUGGGAACGUGACAGCUGCAGGUAGCAAUACCAGGAUUUUAAGUGUUCAUGACCUUCCAUUGCAGGUCAUCAAAAUCAUCGAUAAAAGUUAAUACCGUUUCAGUCUCUUUUCCAUCUUUGAUAUCUCCUCUCUGAACUGAACAUUGGGUAAGUGUAUUUCUAAUGGGGACAAUCUGAGUGUUUUCUUCGAUUACUACCUGCAAGUUCAGCGGCAUGGAAAAAUUAUUUUAGAGUUUCAUAAUAACGACCUAUCAAUAAUAUCAUCUAACGGUGUGGAUCCAUCAGCUACAUGGUGGUGAGACUGAGAAGCUUGUUCUGCAGCCUGUAAUAUGCAUCCAUCUGAGCUUAUUGGUUCAGUCUAUGAAUGUUUCCUUUCUCUGUUGGCUUCAACUGAACUGCUGUUAGCUUGCCUUUGUUAGUGCAAGUUCUUCCAUAUGGUCAAGGAGUCUUGUUAAUGCAAGAUUAAUGUACUUUUCCAAGAAAUUAUUGUUUCCACCUAAUUUUCCUAGUGGUGUGUAUAAUUAAGAGAAUCUGCUACAUUGUAUUAAAUUUUUCUGUGAUAUUUCGUAUCAGUAUAAUUUGUCUACUUUACUGAAAUCUA